AUGGAUAUGAUGAUGAAGAAGCGAAAGCUCGAUGAGAACGGUGGUGGACUCAUAACCAAUGGUGUUGGUCCGACUAGAUUAACCCAACAGGACGCUCGGAAGAUUAUCGAGCGAUUCACCACUGAUCAGCUCCUCGACAUCUUACAAGAGGCUAUCGUACGCCAUGCCGACGUGCUCGAAUCCGUCCGAUCAGCCGCUGAUUCUGAUAUCACGCAGCGGAAGCUAUUCAUCCGUGGCCUCGCGGCGGAUACUACUACGGAAGGUCUUCGGUCUCUAUUUUCCAAUUACGGGGAUCUCGAAGAAGCUAUUGUGAUCCUUGAUAAGGUGACUGGGAAGUCAAAAGGGUAUGGUUUCGUCACCUUUGUGCACGUGGAUGGAGCUAUGCUCGCUCUUAAAGAGCCAUCUAAGAAGAUUGAUGGGCGUGUUACCGUGACGCAGCUUGCGGCAUCUGGAAAUCAAGGUACUGUUUCUCAUGUCUCCGACAUAUCAAUGAGGAAGAUCUAUGUAGCGAACGUGCCCUUUGAAAUGCCUUCGGAUAGGCUAUUGAAUCAUUUUUUGGCUUAUGGGGAUGUUGAGGAAGGCCCUUUGGGUUUUGAUAAGGUUACGGGAAAAUCAAGAGGCUUUGCAUUGUUUGUCUACAAGACAGCCGAAGGUGCGCAGGCUGCACUUGAUGAGCCGAUGAAGUUGAUUGACGGAAAACAAUUGAAUUGUAAGUUGGCUGUGGACGGUAAGAAAGGAGGGAAGCCUGCAAUGCCACAAGCUCAAGAUGGCGGUUCUGGUUAUGGAAAAGUUCAUAGUAAUGGAAUGGUGCGUCCUGUUGCACCGUAUGGUGUAGCUGGUGGUUAUAGUGGGUACACAGGAGGACCACCACCGCAUCAGAUGAAUUCUACACCGUCCUCAAUGGGUGUUGGUACUGCUGGAACUGGUGGAUAUGGUGGUGCUGGGUAUGGUGGGUACUAUGGAGGUCCGGGUUCUGUUGGGUAUGGUGGACCUAGCGGUGGUGGUUAUGGUGGGGCUGGUGCUGGAAGUGGGCCGUAUAGAAUGCCACCAAGUUCGAUGCCUGGUGGUGGUUAUCUGGAGAGUGGGCAAUACGGUCUUCCUUCGUCUCCUGGAUAUCCUGGACAGCAUCAGGCUGUUGGAACCUCUCCUGUGCCAAGAGUUCCUCAAGGCGGAAUGUACCCCAAUGGUCCGCCAAACUACUGA